CAAAUGCACGCGAAGCAAGGAGGGUAUAAAAAUUGGAAACCUAGCGCUGUGCGUAUAAGUUGGGCAACGAAACACGCUCCUUCCUCAUUUUCGCGUGCAUCAAUAACGUCGGAUUCUUCGGUUCACUCCAACCGCGUUGAAUCUCAAGCUCUGCAUGAUUGCCAGAAUCCAUGGCUUCCGCGUGCAUCAAUAACGUCGGAAUUCCGCCGGAGAACUUCCUCGACGGCUCACGGGCCUCCUACAGUUCUUACGGUUGGUUGAGCCCUCGCGUAUCCUUCAGUCGCGAGUUUCCCGACGACUCGUCCGCUAAUCUCUCCGGCUUUGAACUUAGUCCCUCCUCCAUUAGUGAUACUUCUCAUGCGAGUAAGCCGGCGAUUUCAGGUACGGAUCUGGAAGGUUCGGCUAGUGAUUUUGAGUUUAGGAUGGAACAUCCGGUUACUCUGAUUCCUGCUAAUGAACUCUUCUUCAACGGAAAACUCGUGCCGCUGCAGCUUCCGUCGUUGAAAUCGUCGGUCAAGGAAGAACUCUCCGCGACGGAGAUUGGAUCGCGGUCGUCUGAUACAACGACGCUGCGGAGAGUGACGGAAAUUGGUAAUGCGGAUCCGUACUCUUUCUCUCCUCGUGCUCCGAGGUGCUCGAGUCGGUGGAGGGAGAUUCUAGGGCUGAAGAAGGCUAAUCAGAUGACCGGUUCUACAGCCGCGAAGAAUGAAAAUCAGAAGACGGAUUUGUCCUCAUCGAGCACACGAAUGAAAUCUCUGAAGCAAUUUCUCCACAGGAAUUCCAAGUUCGUGUCCUCCGAGUCCUCGGAUACUCUAAAUCAUCCAUUAUUGAAAGAUUUGGACUGCGAGUCAGUUUCCAUAUCCUCUUCUCGCCUCUCUCUUUCUUCCUCAUCCUCUGGUCUUUCACUCGACGAUCUCCCUAGACUUUCACUCGAUUCGGACAAGGCAUCGAAGUUCAAUCGUGAAUCAAAGAAUCGGAUAAUUACGGUGAAGCCGAUAGCAUCGCGAUCAGAAGCGAAGAGAGUAGGGCGUAGUCCGGUCCGUCGGCCGCCAGGGGAAUCAGGUAGAGUGAAAAGCAGAGAAGUAUCCAUGGAUAGUCCGAGAAUGAACUCCUCAGGAAAAAUAGUGUUUCAGAGUCUGGAAAGGAGUUCGAGUAGUCCGAGCAGCUUCAAUGGCGGACCGAGAUUGAAGCACAGCGGCAUCGAAAGGUCAUACUCCGCGAAUGUAAGAGUGCCGCCGGUGCUGAACGUUCCGAUGAGCUCGCUGAGGGGGUCAUCGAAGUUCGCGUUCAGCCAGCUGUUUUCCUCGCCGCAGAAAAGAACCGAAGCGACUUACGGCGGCGGUGGAGGCAAAGGCCAGACGAGACCCUGCAGAAACCGGAUCGCUGGAGCCUGACGGAAUCCACCAGUCCAGUCGAAGAAUUUCCUAUUUUUAGAAGCAAUAAUUUUACGAGUAUUCUAAUUGGUAGGACAACCAAACGUCACCGUUUUGCAGUAAAAAACAGAAGUGGCGUUUGAAAAACACGCGCAGAGGAAUGGUAGCAUUUGAGAUACUCUCUUUCCAUGAAUUCCAAAGCGGCGUCGUUUUGCA